UUCAGAAGCCAAUACAAACACAGAGGCGCUCACGGUUUAUAGCGCAAAGAAAAAGCAACGACGACGACGACGACGAGGACGACGAUGGAAAAAUUGGUAUUCGGCCUGACGGACUACCUGCUGCUGGGCGGUCUGCUGGGCUUGAGCCUGCUCAUCGGAAUAUACUUUGGCUUUUUCAGCAAACAGAACAGCGCCGACGAGUACCUGUUUGGCGGCAAGCACAUGGGCUACCUGCCCGUAGGUACCAGCAUCAUAGCGAGUUUGCUGUCCGGCAUCACUUAUCUGGGCGUGCCGACCGAGGUCUACCUGUACGGGGCCUUUUACGCGUUCACCCUCAUCAACACCUGCAUCACGGGCUACCUCACGGCCUUCGUGUUCAUGCCGCUGUUCUAUCGGCUGCAAGUCAAGAGCACCUACGAGUACCUGGAGCUGCGCUUCAGUCGGCGAAUCAGGCGCUUCGCGUCGUUCCUCUACAUAUUGUCGCUGAUGGUCUACGUGCCGAUCAUCAUUUACGUGCCGUCGCUGGCAUUCGCCCAGGUCACCGAUCUCAAGCUCAGCCUCGUCGCGCCCAUACUCUGCGCCAUUUGCAUCGUCUACACGGCCCUCGGUGGGGUUAAAGCCGUCGUCUGGACGGACUUUGUGCAAUUUUUCUUCGCCGUCGGAGGAUUGCUGGCUGUCCUCGUACUCGGGGUCAUUUCCGCGGGUGGUCUCUCGGCCGUCUGGCAAGUGUCGAGAGAUGGACAAAGACUCGAUAUAUUCAACAUGGAUCCGAGCCCGUUCGUCAGAAAUACUUUCUGGGCCAUGUCGUUUGGUACGGUUUUCUCCUCUCUCAGUCACUCGGCCGUCGGUCAGAAAUUCAUACAGCGAUAUUUGACCAUCGAUAAUCUCACCGACAUAAAAAAAGCAGUAUUGAUAAAAACAAUUGGCACUUUAGUCCUGGACGCUGGCUGCGUCUACUGCGGACUUGUCAUUUACGCCAGGUAUUUCAACUGCGACCCGAUUGAAUCUAAGAUAGUCGAACGAGGAGAUCAGAUCGUCCCGUACUACGUGAUGGAUAUAACGAAAAAUUUUCCAGGCCUCUCGGGAAUGUUUUUGGCCGGCAUUGCCGGAUCGGCACUGUCCACCAUGAGCGCCAGCAUAAACACCCUGUCGGGCAUCAUUUACGAGGAUUUCAUCGAUCAGUGGAUACCCGAGAGCCCAACGAAAGACUCUAAGGCAGCCAAUAUCAUGAAGCUGAGUUCCGUGAUAAUUGGCGUAGUGAGCAUCGGCCUGAUCUUCGUGAUCGAGCAUCUCGGCACGGUGCUCGAGCUCUCCUACAGCGUGCGCGGCGCCGCGGACGGUCCGCUGCUCGGCUUCUUCUUUCUCGGUAUGUUCUGCCCGUGGGCCGGCGAACGAGGCACCCUGACAGGGGGCUGCGUCGGCCUCCUCUUCAUGCUCUGGGUCUCCGCGGGCUCCAAGUGGCACAUCAUGAACAAUCGCAUGCGCACACCGCACCUGCCUACUUCGAUAGAGAAUUGCUCCUCGGAGUUGAUGAUGAGCAGGAGUUCGGAAUUACAGACGACGACUCUGGCGCCGCUCAGCCCGGACGAGGAGCCCAUGCUGCUGUUCAAAAUGACCUUUUUGUAUUUCGCUUUUUUCGGCUCGAUCAUAACGGUCGUGGCGGGACUGAUUACGAGCUUCGCCAUCGGCGAGGUUGAUCUAACGAAGGUGAAUCCCGAACACAUAAGUCCAUUUUUUCGCAGAUUUUUACCAAAGAAAGCGUAUCAAGAAGUUUCGAAGAGAGAGGAAAACGCGGUGGAAAAAAAUCACAUGGAGUCCCGAUUGUAAUAACUCGUCGAUUACACUCACAUCGUGGACGUUCAGUAAAAAUGAAAAUGCAUUUUUUAAUUUCAAAAAUAUCUCAUCAUAUUAUUUUAAUUAUUGUUAUUAGUAUCAUAAAAUGUAUUACUGUACUUUGUUUGAUUUGAGCUUAUAAAACGAUGUCGUGCAUGUGCGAAAUUGUGUGCAGGAAGAUUAAAACGAAAUUUCAUGCACUGAAAAGUUCACAAAGUGAAUCAUGUAACACACGGUACGGUACGCACAUAAUUUAUUUCCAAUUAUCUUGGAAAAAUUUCUAUAAAUUUUUUAAAUCUUAUCAAUUGUUGAUAUUAGUUAAUCUAAAGCGCCUUCAGCUCAAAAAUCGUUUUCUUUAAUCGGCCGAAUAUGUUUUUCAUUGACCAGAUGGUUUUAAAUAAAUGCCAAUAAUUUUUCACUUUUGUGCAUAUUCGAAUUCAAGUAACUUUGUCGUAUUUUCAAGCAGUCGCACAUGUCACACACUUAUUACGUAGUGCCAGAAACUUUUACGAAGGCAAUUUUGUACCAAUUCGUAUCACAAAAUAAAUCUUCAAGUUUAAACAUU